AUGCCCACUGAUACAGCUAGUAAUAACAAUUCAAGCAUUCAAUUAGAAAAUGGUGCUUAUCAACGAGUACCGUCUUGUAUUGAAGUUUUCUUCAAACAACUGAUUGAACGUAAACCAAUGAAAAAAUUACAAAUUGAAAUUGAGACAAACAAUAAAUUGAGACGUGAUCUAAAUUGGAUUCAAUUGCUUGCUAUGGGUCUUGGUUCCAUUAUUGGUGAGUGA